GGGCGGACGGCGAAGCCACGCCCUCCGCCUGCAGCGCCGCCGGGCGGCCGGAGGUCUCAGGUCCCGUUCCCUCAGUGUCGGAGUGCCGUUCUCCCAGUGAGCGGAGCUGGUUACCCCCCUCGGUCUCUGUUCCCCCCUCGCCUGGCGGCGGAGUCAGUCACCUCCAGACCUUUUCGUUCACCUGUUCGCCCCCUCCCCCUCCCCUCACCGCCCUCAACCCAACAGGAUUAAGCCGUGCGGGGCGGGGGUCCGCGGGGAUUUGGGAGAGCGGGCCGCACCCCGUUCGGGGGCUGAGGCUUGGGGCCUAACCUGGACUGAUACUGCCCCCCCCCCCCUUUCCCUCUCUCCCUGCGCCUUGACACAGGCGCUCAGUCGGUGUCGAUUCCUUCAGGAGACUCGGGAAUCCCGAGCAGGGGCAGCGGGAUGGCUCAAUCCCCGGAGCAGGCCGCUCUGCCCGGGGUACAGAAUUUGAAAGCAGAUCCAGAAGAACUGUUUACAAAGCUGGAGAAGAUUGGAAAGGGUUCCUUCGGUGAAGUUUUUAAAGGAAUAGACAACAGGACUCAGAAAAUCGUGGCCAUAAAAAAUAUUGAUCUUGAAGAAGCUGAAGAUGAAAUUGAGGAUAUUCAGCAGGAAAUAACUGUCCUAAGUCAGUGUGAUAGUCCAUAUGUUACAAAGUACUAUGGAUCCUAUCUGAAGGAUACAAAAUUAUGGAUUAUCAUGGAAUAUCUUGGUGGUGGCUCAGCUUUAGAUCUGUUAGAACCUGGUUCAUUGGAUGAAUACCAGAUUGCGACAAUACUAAGAGAAAUUUUAAAAGGCCUUGAGUAUUUGCACUCUGAAAAGAAAAUCCACAGGGAUAUCAAAGCUGCCAAUGUUUUGCUGUCGGAGCAAGGUGAUGUUAAACUCGCAGAUUUUGGAGUUGCCGGGCAGCUGACAGAUACGCAAAUAAAAAGAAACACUUUUGUGGGUACGCCCUUCUGGAUGGCACCAGAAGUUAUCAAACAGUCUGCAUAUGAUUCAAAGGCUGAUAUCUGGUCUUUGGGAAUAACUGCCAUAGAACUUACAAAAGGAGAACCGCCACAUUCAGAGCUACAUCCAAUGAAAGUUUUGUUCCUUAUUCCGAAGAACAAUGCACCAACAUUGGAGGGAAACUACAGUAAACCCCUCAAAGAAUUUGUUGAAGCUUGCUUGAAUAAAGAACCGAGUUUUAGACCUACAGCGAAAGAAUUACUGAAGCAUAAAUUCAUAAUUCGAAAUUCCAAGAAGACCUCUUACUUGACAGAAUUAAUUGACCGGUACAAGAGAUGGAAAGCAGAGCAGAACCAUGAUCAUUCCAGCUCAGAUGAAUCUGACCCGGAAAGUGACAGACAAGCAGCAGGAGGAAAUGACACAAGUGACUGGAUCUUCACAAUCAAAGAGAAAGAUCCAAUCAAGCUACAAAAUGGAGCUGCGCAGCCCGAAGAUCUUAUUGAGAGGGAUCAGGUAGAAGAUGCUCCAAAGCACAUGCUGUCUCAGUGUUUACCGACAAUUAUUUCUCCAUUAUUUACUGAGCUCAAGGAGAAGAGCCGAGCUGGAGGCGGUAAUGCUCAAGCGGUAGAAGAACUAAGGGAAGCCAUUUUUUUGGUAGAAGAGGCUUGUCCUGGCAUUUCUGACAGGCUCAUAUCCCAGCUUGUGCAAAGACUUCAAAGAUAUUCGUUAAGUGGGGCUGCUACUACUUCCAACUGAAGGUUAAUGUUUGGUCCUUGCUGUCUGCAUUGAGGAGGUGCUCUUAGGCAGAUCAUUGUAUCACAACCGUUGCAAGGGUUAUCCAGGCACUGGCUACCUGCCCUGGACAUGCGACUUAGAAGAUGAAGUCUCUCAGAGGAAUCAUUGUUUGUGCUGCUUAAAAGAUUUAAAAAAAAAUUAAUUUCUGUCACAGUGCACAAUUUUGAGUAGGAUGAAAUGCCUAUUGAUUUUAUUUUUGUUUGAAGUCCCAAAUUGUCUGUUUAGGACUGAGACGUGGAAACUGAAACUUCUGCAGUACCUGUAUCAAGUAUCCUACUUAAAGUUGAUGGGUUUAUUUUUUUCUGGGAGACGGAGAUGGUUGUUGCUUCUGUAUAUAUUUGUAUAUAGACUCAUUUUUACUUGAGAUAAAAACCCUGAGAGUGCAUUAAGGGCAGAAUUGUACAAAUUGCAACAACUGAAUGCUUAUGUAGAUAGUGUUUUGUGGUGAUUCUCUGAAAGGGCCAAUUGCUUUGCUAAUUUUCCUGUAAGGUUUGGUUAAUGUUCAGGUGACUUUUAUUUUAAGUAUUUCCAGGAUAUGGCCAUUUUUUGCAAAAUUAAUACCCAAUUUGGAAAAACUCGCAUCUCAAAGUUGUCAAAAUAUGCUUCCCCCCCUCAUAUGUCCUGUUAGUUUUUAUAAACCUUGGUCCAAAUCUUAUUUGAAAUCUGGUAACUUGGAUAAUAUUAAUGCUGAAUGCCAUCAUCACUGUUACAUUUACCCUGCUGGAGAAAUUCAGAACAACAUUGCGGUCAAGGUUUUUUUUGGGCAUUAACUCACUUUCCCUGGUGAUCCAGGCCAUACUAAAAAAAACUGGUUGUCACAUUAUUCCUCUUAACAAACUCCUUGAAGAUAAGGCCCCCCUCGACAACAGGAAUGAUCUCUCUCCCUUUUAAGAAAUAUUUUAUCAGGAUCUUUUUUGCAUGCAUGAUUGCAGUUGACCCCUUCAAAUCAGUCAAGAUCUGAGUUGCCACUGGGUACCCUCUGCAAAAAUAUUACUGUUGAUUUCUAAGCAUGUCAGCUCGAUAGAGUAUUUUCUGUAUCAGAAAGCUAGUUUGUUCUGUUUUUCUAAGUGUGUGCCAUCAUGUGGCAUCAGAUGUUACAGACCCAGUAUAAGAUGGUUGCAGCAGAUUAGUAAUGGAGGAUAUGAUUUUUGGGGGGAAUAGACUCCAGAAGCUGAACAAUGUCCACCACAAAGAGGCCAAAUCGUAUGUGUUGUGUGCCAAAACGUUGAGACUGACGGCCCCACCCUUUUACUGAAAAGUUUCCCUCAAACUAAAAAGCUCCAGGUUUUUAUACUUGGUGACUUAUUAUUACAGAAGCACACUUUUCAACGGAAUGAAUCCUACCUGAAGCUGAUUCUGUAGCUUCGAACUGCAAUGGAAAGGAAGGCCAGUCUAGUUAGAACAGUGCCCUAGUGCUGGAAUCGCUUUCAAGGGUCUAGUUUGACAAAACAGACUGUGAAAGCACUGUUGCAAUCUGACCUUGCUAGUUUUCUGAAGAUGGUUAAGUUAAACUUAACCCCAAACUGUGAACACAAGGCUUACUCGCUAUGUCUUGUAGAUGAAAUUUUGGAAUAGGUUGCAAGAUUAAGAAAUGUUCUCUGCCAGUUUACUUCAUGUCUCCAGUUCAGAAAUAUCGUCACCUGCCCUGCUAAAGGAAGUCUCUGAGAAAGAAGCACAAUAAGUUAAAUAGUUUGCUUUAUCUCUUAUUACCUGUCAAGCAAGCAGUUAUCAAGGAUGGUCGAAAAAUCUGCUUUCAAAAUGUGGAAGUCAUGUCUGUUCUUUAGAAUGGUUUAAACCAGAAAAAAAAGUCACAAUAUUGUUGUUCUUUCAAGUGCAGGUCACUUGAUGUUAGUGCCUCAUCAAUCCCCAGAGUCCUCAGGGUUCUGUCUGUUAAGUGCAUGGUUAAAUUCAGGUAGAAAUAUUCUCCCAGAUAUUUCUUCCCUGACCUUUAGUUGAAUCUGGACCAAUCCUAUCCCUGUUGUCCAUGAGGAGGAUUUUCUAAGUCAACGUUUUGACUGUUUAGACAUGUACAUGCAACAGAAUUACAAUGCAGAUCUGCCUUAAGGGCCUGGUGUGGGUGACUGCUAUUUAUGUAGUUGCUACUGUAAGGCUCCUACAACUGCUGCUAAUUUAUAGGAUAGGAACAGGCCAUUUGGUCCACUUGAUCUAUGCCGUGUUUAUGCUCUACAGUAGCCUCCUCUCCAUUCCUACUACUCUCUCUGUCAGCAUAACCUUGUAUUCCUUUCACCCUUGUGUUUAUCCAGGUUCCCCUGAAAUGCAUCCUUAUUGUUCUCCUCAACCACUCCCUAUGGUAGAGAGUUUCACAGUCUCUGGGGGUAAAGAGGUUUCUCAUGAAUUCCCCACAGGAUUUGUAAAAAAAUGCCUAUGUAUAUUGAUGGAUACUAGUUUUGGUCUCCCUUGCAUAUGGAAAUGCCCUUUUUGAUCUUUAUCACAUAAUCCCUCACCUUUCCCCCCCCUCCUGUAGAAACUUUUUAAAUGUCAUUCUAUUUGGUUUGAUAGAAUGACCAGUUAUAACAGUCAACAGUGAAUUUUACCGCUGAUCUCAACAUUUAAAGGAAAGAAUAGUUCUUUGUUUUUGAAAUCAGUUAUGGAGAGUUACUUAUACCCAUUCCGGAAGUCAAGUUUGGCAUCUUGUAUUAUGACAGCUAAGGGGUAAGUUGAGUGAUGUUGGAAUGGGGGUGUGUUAUGAAGGUGUGGAUGAGAAACAUCUCAAAGCUGUAGGCUUGCCUAUGACUUGUUUUAAUUGCACCUGUGUUUAUCUUAGAAUAUAAAUCAAUUUGAGGAAUAUGCAGUGCAUUGUUUUAUUUCAUCACAAAUGAAAAGAUAUACUUCAGAAUUGUAUGACUUCAAUAUUAGAAAUUCCAGCACAAUAAAAAUUGAGGUUUAGGUAGUCUUCAGGUUGCUGAUAUUGACAGCAUUCCUUCAGCAGCUCACAAGUGCAAUCUUCAAAUUUCUGUGAAUAACCUGGUAAUUAAUCCUGUUACUCCAUCGCAUGCUUGAAACUUUUUAAAUAUGUGUCAGAACCUGCUGCUUGGGAUUACUGAAGAUUUUGUGCUGUUAAUCAAAUACCUGUGGCAGAGUAAGCUUUUCAGCAUAUCUGAAAAGAGCCUUGUUUUGCACUGUCCCUUGUGAUUGCCACUGAGUAGUUCAUGCAGCUCUAAUUCAUCUGGGGGACUUAGAAAUUUGACCGAAAUGCAAACUUUUAAUUUAAAGUUGUGCCGAUAUAAACACCAGUGAAAUACAAGAGCACGAGGUAGCUUGUUCUUUCUGUAAAUACAGCACUUUAAGAUCUUACAUCUUUGCCCCAAUUCUAAAAAUUAAAAAGAAAUGCCUUUGAAGAAUGCUUUAAAAAUGUCUUUGUGCAGUAAGUAGACAGCAGAAUCUGUUAAGAUUGCAUUUCAAUUUAGAGUUUGGUGUUUUUGUUACUGGUUAUGAAGCUUACUAGCUGAGACAGACAGCCAACUCAUUCCUGUGUAAGAUUAUUUCAAUACAAUGUUGCUAGGCAUUCCUACCCCCUCUUACUGAUUUGUUUUUUUUAAAUUGACAGCGUAUCAUUUUAUAAACGUGUCCAGUCAACAGAAGUGUCAGUUACCAAUUACCUGUUAUGAGAUCAUAUUGCUACUUAGAAAUGUUUCUCAAUUAUUGGAUUUUGUAUCUAGUUUAAAAGAGAAAUGCACUUGUAACCAAUACUGGUUUGCAGAAUAGUACAUAACUGAGGUACUGAUUAUAGAUCCAUUUAUGUAAAACUGGUUAAACCGAAAAUCUCAGUAACUUGAAUAUACUGUUAGCAUUCCAUUUUUAACUUAUUUUGUUUUUAAGGUGAAUAUUUUCCACUAGUUUGCACUAUAUGUAUGGUCAGUUAAAGAAGAAAGAUGACAUUUGGCACUGUCUACUAAUUAUAAGCUUCUAGCUAUCACUGCUUCCAUAACAAGUGCCAUGGUUCAUUAUGUGCUCUUUCUUGUGAUCUUGAGCUGCACUUUCCAAUGUCAUUACAUCCUUAUUUUAGUUUGUGUGUAUCUGGCUGCACUUUUAAAAGGAUUUCUUUUUAAUGAUGUAAACAUGGUACGUAAGUCAGUUUUGUACUUAUUCUCUCCGGUUAAUUCCAAUUUCUUUACAAUCAAAGGAAACUGUAAUUAUUAUAUUCUGUGCAUAAAAUGGCAAUAAAGUAGUAGGAUCAUCAGGAAAUGUUCUUAAACACAGGUAUAAUAAUGUAUGGAGUAAUUCGAUUAAAAGACAAUAUUUUUAUAUGUGUGUGUAAAGAGCUAGAAUUGUAGUAAAUCUGUCCUUUAAGAUGUUUAAUAAUGACGGGAUACUAUUAAAGAUGCUAAUUAAGUGUAAAUUUCAUUUUAUGUAACAUUGCUGACAGUUUAUAGUCUUGUAUAUAAUCCUUGCUUCUGUCAUUACACAAUCUAUUGUAAGUCCUUGUAAGCUUUUAAGUGAUUUUAAAUAAAUUGUGAAUUCUGA